CGAACGGAAUACCUAAAUCUGACACCAAUGAUACACCUAUGCCUAAUGAUUUUCAUGUCCUUCUUAACAUAGUUUGGAUUCCACAAUCAAGUACUCUCUCGAAACUCAUGCCUAGAAUUUUGGAGUGAGGAUAUUCCGGUAUACAGAAACAUACACAUCCGUCGCUUGCUAAGUAUAAAUAAACUCCGAGAAACAUGCUUCUGUUGCGUAAUCGAUAAUCACUCAACUUGCAUUCAUUUGUGCUGAAAAUGGCGCCAGUGUCACACAAUGUAAUAUCAUCUUAAGCUCGCCCUGAAGUUCCCAUGAGACAGCUUGCUUCACUUCUGUGGCAGUCGCUCAUCUAAACAAUUGUCUUCAUCUGACACCAACUUGCUACUAACUACUUACUUUUUCAUUAUCCAACGAGUUUGCCAGUAUCAUAGCGGUAACGAUAACAAUGGCAGAGAUUCUGACAACCAUGAUGGUGGCUACUGGAUGUCAAGCUCUCCUUUCUCCCAUUCCCGAGCCAUCCACCAUGACAAUUAUUUCUACAUAUCUCUCAACAAAUUGCAUCCUCUUUUCGUACCUCACCCUCACAAAGGCCGGGAUCCUCCAAGCUGUCAUUCAUUUAUUCUCGUUGAAUGCAACAUUUCUUCUCACGGCUUUCAUUAUUACUGCAUUUCGACGUCUAUACUUCUCUCCGUUAUCUCACAUUCCUGGACCAACACGAUUUGCUCUUACUAAACUCUUCAUUGCCAAUGAAUACCGACUCGGUCGCACAUCCUAUACAAUUGAGGCCUUACACCGGCACUACAAAAGUGAUGUUGUCAGGAUAGGUCCUAAUGAUGUUUCUGUCAUCAAUGUGGACGCGGUGGCCAAAAUAUUCACCGGGAAAUAUCCACGAGGCACACUUUAUGAAAUAGGAGCUGUCAAUGGAGACUUCAAUCUGAACACCACCAGAGAUUAUGGAAAACACACUCCUGUAAGUGGUUUAUACCAGUGUUGAUAUCAAAUCUUACACGCGCGGAAUAAGGUCAACAGCAUGCUAACAUAUUUUGAUAGUGGAGAAGAAUAUGGUGAGAUUUUUUAUAUUAUUCAUGGUUUUGCUCUAACUUGAGUAGGGAGAAAGCAUUUGUGAGCAGCGCUUCCAGGGAGUAUAACACCAGGGUAGAAAUCCAUGUAGAUAAAAUGGUACAAAUCUUGCUGAAAGAAGACGGAAAGGAAGUGGAUAUUUCAAAGGCAGUGGACAAUCUUAAUUUUGAUAUGUAUGUAAGCCCCUACUCCAUUGUCGAAGAUUACCUCGUGGAAUCUAACUUAUCUAAGCAUGGCAGACUUGAGUUUUUCAAAACAUGCUGGCCUACAAGAUGGUACCGGGGACAACUCAUACAUGUCACAUAUUCACAAGUAUAUGUCAUUCGCUAGUGUGCGUAGCUACUAACUGUGCCAACUAUCUCUAACAUAUGAUAGAUGAUCGGAGCUCUACGAAAUACAGCGCAACUUCUUGCCUAUAUCCCUGAAACUUCCGAAGUACGAACAUUCCGGGAGAAAGGCGAGACAAUGCUGAAAGAACGACAAGAACGCGGUUCAACUUAUCGAGACAUCUUUUUCUAUUUAUUAUCAGCAGAUCCAGAAGGUGGCGAGAAGUUUACACAAAAGGAGUUGAACUCUAAUGCCAAUUUAAUCAUUAUAGCUGGGACAGAUACAACAUCUUCCACGGUAGCACAAAUAUUGAGGACGUUGGCGAAGGAACCACGAGUCCUCUUUAAACUUCAGAGGGAAAUCGAUGAAAUAUGUAUAUCGAUGGGCGAAGGCAGCGAAAUAACCAUCGAUUCUAUCCGAAAUUUGGAAUAUCUGAAUGCCGUCGUUAACGAAGGUUUACGAUUGUAUAACCCUGUGCCAUCUGGCGCACAUGCGGCAACUUAUCCACAAGGUGUUAAAGUUGGAGGUAUAUUUAUUCCAGGGAAUGUACAAGUUCAGAUUGCACAGCUCUCACUCAUGAAAGAUGAGAGGUACUUCGCGCAGGGUAAAGAAUUUAUUCCGGAACGUUGGACGUCCGAAAGACCCGAGCUGGUGAAAGAUAGAAGGGCUUUUAUACCAUUCGGCUAUGGUGUUCAUUCGGUCAGUGAAAAUCUUUGUGCUGCGAUCAACUUUUACCCUGUUCCUUCUUUUCUCUGCUCCUGUACUACACAUGUUCAUUUUAACUGAAACUUUCAACUGAGCUUACAAUCAUAAAAGUGUGUAGGAAAAACUCUUGCGCUUCAGGAACUUCGUCUGGUAGUUGCGCGUAUAGUCCGCACAUUUGACGUUCAGUUUGGUCCUUCGUACGACGAGGCUGUAUUUGAAAGUGAAUGGAAGGAUCAUCUGGCUGUUAAGAUCGGAAACUUAUGGCUAAGAUUCCUCCCGCGGAAGCUUGACGAUAUUGCGGCGUGAGAUUUGAUCUUAGUUUUCCUUUGGCUGUUUCUCCUUCAUCGACAAAUAGUCAGCUUAUUAUCCGCAUAAAAUUCUACAUAGUGAAUAGUUUCAUAUCUCCGACCAAGUGGCUAUAUUACCUCCAAUAUCUAAUGAAGCAGACACCACGUCUGUGGUGCAAUAGGAACAAAAAUGUCUAUGGCCACAAGAUUCUUACAUAUAACCGUCGAAAUUUUCUAAAUGGUGUCGGGUAAGCUCAAGGGCACAUGAAGUCUAGUCAAGCGAAUCCUUAAGAUGCUUGGGUAGGGAUUGAUUGGGAGAACACGUUAGUAUCCAGUAUUCAUUGAAUCUUGAGAAUACACCAAUUACUGAUAA